UCAUCUGUGAGUAACGGUAUAAAUGAACUACUAUGAUGUCUUCUUUAGCGAGUAAUCUCCUGAUACAUCUGGUUAUUAAUUUGGUGACACUGAAGACCAGUUAUGGCGAUAUCAGAUUGACUAGAGGGAUUGAAGAUGAAGAAGUGCUGCUUCCUUGCUUUACUACAUAUAAAAGUGAAUUUAAGUUAACGCAUCUUGUUGUAAACUGGCAACAAGAGAAUGAUGAGGUUGUCCACAGCUUUUAUUAUGGCAAAGAUCAACCACAGUAUCAGCAUGAGGUCUUUCUAGGAAGAACACAGUUAUUUCCUCAAGAAUUUCCAAAAGGAAACUUGUCCCUGUUGCUGAAAGCCUUACGGACAUCUGACUCUGGGAUGUAUGUGUGCUACGUGUUUUUAGAUGACGCAAAAGGAUUUCACACAGAAUGGGCACAACUUGAGGUUAAAGAAAAUUCAAAUAUUCUGAUCAGAUCAAAUGGUUUGAUAUACUUAAGUUUGUUAUCCGUACUGUUGGUGUUCCUGCCUUUUGUGUGGCUUUUUUAUCAUCAUAAGAGAAGGAAGCUCAACAGGAAAGCACCACAAGAGUUGGAGCCAUUACUUGGGAACUAUGAUCCUAAAGAUAUGAUUGAACAAUACAGAGAAUUUAUUCAGAAAGCAUCCAAGCCGUGCUGUAAAUCAGUAUCACAUGGACAAGAUGGUUCAGAUGACUGUUUACCCCGAACUCUCAUACUUCCGGAGUGGAGGAGCCAAUGCACUAACUCUAAAGACUCAUCGCUCAGUAAUAAAUCACAAGAUAAAAUAGAUGUUAUACCAUCAGAAUUACUAUUCACUAAGGGAAAUAUGAUGUUUACCGCCCGGAGGAUGCUGAUAGCAGGAGAAGCUGGAAUAGGAAAGAGCUGCUUCACUAAAGGGCUGCAGAAGAAAUGGGUUUUCAGAGACACAGAGCUGUUCUAUGAAUGUGUCAUUUAUUUUACUGCUGCUGAGUUAAAAUCCAUAAUAAACCCAAUAAGUGUCAAUGAGCUUCUGGGGAACAAGUGUAAGGAGCUGAAACCUGCUCUUCCACAGCUUCUACAGUCAGACAGACUUCUCAUUAUAUUGGAUGGUUUGGAUGAGAUGAAUCUGCUGGGGAAACCAAAUCACAAAGUGAAACACAUUGACCAUGAUACUGCAUUUGAUAUAGAGAGUCUGAUUAUAAACAUUUUAUUCAAAGAUCUUCUUCCUAACACUGAUGUUCUGGUGACCUCUGUUGUCAGUAGCUUGGACUCUAUCAGUAUGUAUUUUGAUGAGAUAUUUAUAAUGCAAGAGUUUUCUGAAGAGCAGGUCAAACAAUACUGCAACAAGUUCUGUUCAGGUGAUGAGAUCUCUCAGUCUGUUUUUACCUUUAUAAAAGAGCAUAACUUGUCCAGUUUGGCCUCAAUUCCCCUUCUGAGCUCUGCAUUAUGUGAACUAUUCAAGUAUAAAAUGUUACCUGAAUACAAAGAAAAGAUAUUUACUCCCAGCAGGAUGAUGAUGAGUUUGUUGAAAUGUUGCUUAAACAAUAUUAUGUCUGAAAUAAACUCAGAAGAGGACACAAGAUGUUGCAUUAAGGGAGAUACAAAUACACCCCUUUCAGCAAACAUUAAAAGAUGUAUUUAUAACCUGGCCAAACUUUCCUAUGAGAAUCUCAUAGAUGAUGGCAAAUAUAUAAACAAGUCAGAUCUUGGAGAAGGCUGUGCACAUACACAAUUACUAACUGAUAAUUUAUGUAAGUUCUUCUUUAAACCGCCCACCAGUAAGGAGGUGUUGGAGUAUCGUCACGCAAGUUUCAGAGACAUGUUUGCUGCUCUAUACUGUGUGUGGGAACUACAAGAUCCUAAAGAUAUUAUGGAAAGUCUUAUUUCUUGGUUUAAUGGCAGAAUCCCAGCACAACCAGCUCACAGAUUUAUCACAGUGAAAAUGCCUCAAAUAAACAAUGAAACAUUACAGAAAUUUCUGAGAUUUUUUUUUGGCCUCCUGGGAUUCAGAGACAUUGAUAAUCUGCAAGAGAUGGACGUAAGCCCUGACUUACUCAAGAUGAUCAUUUUGUUUAGAUCAAAUCUGCCUCAAUAUACAUUAAACUUUUGUCAUUAUCUUUAUGAAAUUCAUAAUAAUUCCCUUAUAGAAGACUUGCCAGGACGGUCAUUAUCUUUAUUAUGCAAAUCACUUAAUUCCUUAGACAUACAAGCACUGCAGUACAGCUCACGCGUUUUACAACUGGAUACGUUUGAUUUAUCUCUAUGUGAAUUAGGAGAUGAGAAGUUACAGCAACUAGAAAGCACAAUUAUAAACUCUAGAGAUGUCCGGUUGAUUUCAAAUAAAUUAACUUGGAAGUCUGGAAGAACUGUGAGAAAUGCUCUAGAGGAUCAAACAUGUAAAAUAAAAUGUGCUGACCUUUUUAGCAACAAUCUGGGAUCAUCUGGAGCUCAGGAAAUCUGGAAAGCUCUUGAGAAGAAUAAAAGCCUUGAGACCCUUAACCUGAGUCUCAAUGAGAUAAACGAUGAAGGAACUGAAGGGAUGGUUCAGAGUCUGAGCAGGAACACAACGCUGAAGAGAUUAUUGUUGUGCAUGAACAGAUUUUCUGAAAAAGGAACGAAAGCCAUUGAAGAAUUAGGACGUAUUCGGAAGGACUUGAAGGUGAUUUUAAAUAUUACAGAAGACCUGGAAUGUUAUAACCAUGUGCUGCAGACGGCUAAAGGAUUAACCAAUGGUGGAUGGAAGCUUUAUAACACCACAUGGAUCCUUAACUUAUUAAGCAAAUUACAAGAAAACCUAAAUGAGAAUGAGAAGAUGCCCCUUAUGAAAAAAAUUAUUUCUUUAAAGACAGAAAUUUCUAAAGCAGAGAAGCCGGAUGUAUGUUCUGAGCUUAGUGUAACAGGAUGUUCUACAGAAGUUCCCUCUUUUGCCACCAGGGAUUUGUACUUCAGUCACAUAAUGACCUAGUGUCACUAGUGGAACACAAUCUUUUCAUAUAACUUUAAAUAAUAUGUAUAUUGUUAGGCGUUAUCUUAUAGCCGGGGGUAUCACUUGACACUUAGCAGUAUUCUACACCUUCACCUGGAACUAAAUGUGUUACUUGACGAGAUAUUUCGGGAACAACAAUCAGACAGACAGCAAGUAAAGUCUAAUCACUGUUCUGUUUAUUAUAAGGCGUACAAUACUUUUAUAGAAAAUGGUUACAGUAUAUGGGGUUAAACAAUGACGUAUCAUAGUCAGACCAUGUUACACAUAAUAAUUUAGAACAAAUAAGCAUAGUAAAAAUAAUAUGAAUAAGGAGGAAUAAGGAGUUUACUGUGAAACUAACAGUUUUAGAUAACCAUGUAUCUGGGCGCAUCGCCAAGGACAUAGCAAGGCCAUUCUUGAGACACAAUUGUUGCAUAUAAAACUAAAAUCUAAUGUCAGCAUAUGAUCUCACAGCAUAAUAAAACACAUUAUGAAGAAAUAUAA